AUAGUAGGUGGUCGCGCAUGGCAUCUCCGUGUCUGCUUGCGCUCUGCUCUGCCGUCCUCUGCCGCUGUUUCGCUGAUGAUGCCGCGCGGAGCGGGGCGCUUGUACAUUUCUAUGUGCGGCUACAACCGCAGUUCCUAAGAUUUAAGUCGAAUGAAACGGGAGAGGAGCUUGAAAUAUCAUGAUGGAUCGUCCGAGCCAUUUCUCAUCGCUCGGGCAGCUGUAACGUCGGCGGACACGCGUGGAUUCAUCAAAGAGUCGACAGUCAGGGCUUCACUUUGUUUGACAUUCAGCAAGCGACAGAAUGAUCGAGGAAGGCAGUAAACGAGGCAAGGCCAUGGUGGAGAAGAGACAGCUCUUCAUGGAAAUGAGAGCUCAAAACUUUGAUGUAAUCAGACUGUCAACUUACAGGACUGCCUGCAAACUCCGGUUUGUGCAAAAGAGAUGCAACCUUCAUCUGGUGGAUGUCUGGAACAUGAUCGAAGCCUUUCGUGACAACGGGCUCAACACAUUGGACCACAAUGCUGAGAUCAAUGUGUCGCGGUUGGAGACUAUCCUGUCUUCCAUCUACUACCAGCUCAACAAGCGGCUGCCCACCACCCACCAGAUCAAUGUGGAGCAGUCCAUCGGGCUGCUGCUCAACUUCAUGGUGGCCACCUACGACAGUGAAAGCCAUGGGAAGCUGACAGUGUUCUCAAUGAAAGCCAUGCUGUCAACAAUGUGUGGAGGGAAAAUUGUGGACAAACUACGAUAUAUUUUCUCACAGAUCUCUGACUCAAGCGGAGUCAUGAUGUUUGCAAAGUUUGAUCAGUUUCUCCGGGAGGUGCUGAAACUCCCCACAGCCGUGUUCGAGGGCCCUUCUUUUGGCUACACAGAGCAUUCGGUCCGGACGUGCUUCCCUCAGCAGAAGAAGAUCAUGCUGAACACGUUUUUGGAUGUGUUGAUGGCAGACCCUCCCCCUCAAUGCCUCGUAUGGCUCCCGCUCAUGCACCGACUCGCUAAUGUUGAAAAUGUCUUCCAUCCGGUGGAAUGUUCAUAUUGCCGGAGCGAAAGCAUGAUGGGUUUCCGGUAUCGGUGCCAACAGUGCCAUGGCUACCAGCUGUGUCAGAGCUGCUUCUGGCGUGGCCAUGCCAAUGGUCCCCAUAGCAACCAGCACCAGAUGAAGGAGCACUCAUCUUGGAAGUCACCGGCCAAAAAGCUGAGCCACGCAAUCAGCAAAUCUCUAGGCUGCGUCCCCAUCGGAGAGCCACCACAUCCUGUGUUCCCUGAGCAGGCUGAGAGACCACAGGAACUGACCCAUACUGUUCAGCCGAAACCAGUGGCCAACAACAUGAACGACACAAUGCUCAUGUCCUCUGGGACACCUACUCCUACCAAAAGUGUCUUGGAGAGUCCCAGCCGGCUAGAUGAAGAGCACCGCCUCAUCGCUCGCUACGCUGCCCGUCUGGCAGCCGAGGCGGGCAACUCCACACAACAAUGUCCUCCAUCAGAUCUGGGUUUCAACUUCGAUGCCAAUAAGCAACAGAGACAGCUGAUUGCAGAGCUGGAGAACAAAAACAGGGAGAUCCUCCAGGAGAUCCAGAGGCUGCGUUUGGAGCAUGAGCAGGCCUCUCAGCCGACCCCAGAAAAAGCCCAGCAGAACCCCACACUUCUGACUGAACUGAGGCUCCUCAGACACAGGAAGGACGAGCUGGAGAGGCGCAUGUCAGCCCUCCAGGAGAGCAGACGGGAGCUGAUGGUGCAGCUGGAGGGACUCAUGAGGCUGCUAAAGGAUGAGGAGCAGAAGCAGGCUUCCCAGUCUGGAGGCUCCCCUCAUUCUUCCCCCAGUCACGGUGCGGGCUGCUCCAUGCCCAUGCCCAUACGCUCGACCUCGGCUGGGUCAACCCCAACUCACACACCACAGGACUGCCUGGCCGGGGUGGGAGGGGACGUGCUUGAGGCCUUUGCUCAGGGUGUACCUAGAAAUCUUCGGAAUGAUCUGUUAGUUGCUGCUGACUCAAUCACAAACACCAUGUCAUCACUGGUGAAAGAGCUCCACUCAGUAGAUGAUGGGGGACUGGAAGAGGAGACCAACAUGAGGAACGGUGGGGACAGAGCUCAAGCAGAAUGAACAACAAAAAGCACAGCGAGACUACAGAAGCACUGAGGAAAAGAGAACACCAUUCCACCCUGUAAGAACAUACAGUCAUCAAAUGGGAAGAAUCAGUAACAACAACAACAACAACAACCCCUGGCAUUAGCACGUAGAGUAAUGCAUGCUGUAAUCUAACAGGAUUUCACUAUGUGAAAAAAACGUUUCUUCACACCUUGCAGGUUGCAAGAUGUGUCUAAUUAGCGAGUGUGUAUGUCGUCCUGUAAACAAAAACUGUAAUUACCCAAUGAUUUUCCUCAUGACUGCUAAGGAAUGGCUUGCUGUGCUUACUCCCCCAACUGUUCCAUUGCAGCAGAUCAUUCUGUAUAUAAAAUACUGUAAACACAUGACCAUGGGAAUGCCCCGACAUGAAGGUGACCUCCUGUCACAACAUGUUCCCUGUCGUUGCUUUUGUAUGAUUAGUACUAGUAUUUUUCUUCCUUUUUUUUCAUUUUUGCAUGAAGUUGCACUCAUGUCUGGAUUUAGGUACUGUACCAUGCAAUGCAAUGCCUCUUUGUGGGUUUAUAAUGACAGCUGGGGUGUCAGAAGUGUCCUGCCUCAGAAUUCACGCUGAGUGUGUUUACUUGCACAUCCAUAUUCUGAAGUUUGUUAAAAAAGAACUUUGAUCUUUUGUAAAAGCAGACUGCUCGGAGUCUUGCCGUCACCGUGAGGGUUGCCAGGCAACCAGCGGAAACUCCAGGAAGUCACUGCGCCCGGCCAAGAAAUAGUCCAGCAAUCCCCCGUAAAAAUCACAACAUGUUAUUUUUACACUUCGGUUUUUGUACCAAUUAAACAAAUAAGCUAUAACGAAACAAUUAGUGAGCAAUAUAGGUGCUGGUAGGUUGAUACUUUUACCUUUGGACAGAGUCAAGCUAGCUGUUUGCCCCUGUUUCCCAGCUUUAUACUCAGCUAACUGUCUCCUGGCCAUCCAAAACCUUUGGCUUAUUUUAAUAAUUUUAUUUGUAAGGGAACAUGUUCAAUAUUAAACAUAAAUGUUACCAUUUGAUGUAUUGUACAGGAGUUAACUCAAAGCUAAUUUUGUUAGAUGUCAGUUGGGUUUCCAUGAUAAUAUCCUUUCUAUUAAUGUGUGCAGUGAUAUCUGUUAUUACAGUAUGAAGACGCACAUAAACAGCUUAUCCCCAUUCAGAUCUUAACCAGGAAUAACAGCUGGUAUCCAGAAUACUUUGUGCAUGUAAACACACUCACUGAGUCACAUACUGUACUGCUGCUACUGUGCUCUCAGUGAGCCACCCUUGCAAAUAAGAGGGCUGUGCGAUUAAGAGAAACCAAGGGGCUACUACAAACACAAUAAUGAGCCGAGUCUUGUUGUUUCCUCCCUGUGAAAACUUAACUGAACACACCUGACUAGCUGGUAGCCUCGGUAUUUAUUGUUUCAAGUGUAGGGAAGCACCUCAGGAUGUUUAAAUAGUAAUGAACUAGGCACUGAGUUUUAGUUGUGAAUUACAAUUGAACACUUAUACAGUAUUUGAGGAUGUAAGGUUGUAGUAAUUAAGUAGGAAAUGCUUUGAUAGCUUUAUUUAGUUAAUAAAGGAGUAUUGAAAAUGUUUAUGUGCAAUGAAGAUAGGUGCUCAGGGACUGCAGAGCUACUCUAGGUGAAAUAUGGUGGUAAUGUCCUUUAACUGCUAGAUGUCAUUGGCCACAGACUGAGAGGUUAAAGCUCAAUGAUGAUGAAAAAUGGAGGGUUUCAGUCCAAAAAAUACAUCCACAGUUAUUUAUAAAUUAGUCCGUCAACUUUCUUGUGAUCCCUGUAAGACUGAGUUGAAACUUCCUAAAGUAGUUAAUUUUCAUUUUCUGUCAAUUUGUUUCAUUUUGGAAUGAAACUCUUUAAAUAUGUAGAGGAAAACAACAGCAAGUGAUUAAACGCUGGGUAAAGAAUGUGGAUCAUUAGGAGAGAAGUUUUUCUGAAGUGCUAUUUGGUAAAGCAUGUUGUUGGAUAUAGUUUGUCUGUGUGUGAAUUUGUGUCUUUCACGGCAAAGCAAAGCUGUUACAGAGAUAGCUGUCAACCAGAGAGGAUGUUUAUGUUUGUAAGUCUGACUGAGAUCAGGUGUCACCUUUACAUAUUUGUCUUCUAGUUCAGUGUUUUUUGUCCUUCAGGGUAGCCAUUCAUCUCAAAUGAAAAUGAGCAAUGUUUGCUUUUUAGUAAAUGCAAUGUGAUAAAGGUCUGGGAGCAGUUUUAGAGUGACAUGUUCAGUUCUCAAAGGAAGUUGUAGGUAAAAUCUGACUGAAUCGAAAUGAAAAGCCUGAACUUUUUGUUUUGAGAUUUGUACAGUAAGCCUAUCCUUUAAGCUAAGUAUAAGGUUUCAACAACCUGUUACACUGUGUCAAGAAAAAGAACAAAAAGAGGCUCCUCUGUUAUCGACGUUCUAAAUGUGAUGUUUUCGUUCAGUUCUCUUUUCUGCUCUAUGUUAUCAUUAUUGUUAUUAUUCUGGUUUACAGUAUUAGUGGAGUAUGGUCAAUGUAAUGAGUUUGUCAAAACGCAGAUUCACAUGCACACUCACACUCUGUCGCCCAAAUAUGAAUUAUUAAGUCCCAUAAUUUAAAAUUCUGUGAUCACUGCUGUCAAAAAGUUUAGUUUAUUCAGCGGAUAAGGUCCAGAAACGAUUAAAAUGCAGAUGUAAAAAUUUUAACUGUCUUCCCCUUCAUUCUGGUCACGCAUUUGAAUUCAAAAGUUAGCUUUCUUUUUCUUCUUUCAGUUUGUGCCUGUAGCUGUUCUGUAAAGUGCUGUAUAAAGUAACCAUUCAGCAAAUACGAUGAUCUAUCAGCUUUUAUGUCAGAGUUUUAGUCUGUGACUUUGUAGAGAUUUUAUUUAUUUAAUAAGUGUGUUCUUGGGGAAACUGAUGCUCAGCCUUUAUAUUUGUGCCAAACUGUUUGCAGCCAUUGUGUGUCAUACAAAUUACAGGUAUAGUAUAUCUGCAUUAGUAUGUUGUUGUUGCUCAUAGUUUAUUCACAGAAUGCCUGAAGAUGUUCACAGUAAAUGUUUUCCACUGCUGGAAAAACUUGCAUUUAAUAGGUAAUAAAGAAAGAAAACACAUUCCAAAUCUACUGAUAGACAGUCACUGAUGUCAUUUUAGCCAAUGUGGAGGCAAUACUGUAUAUACCCUGUCAGACCAAACUCGGGGUAUUACAAAUAAAACACAGCCGGUUAUACAGAGGUGCAUACAUUGUGAUCCUUUUAUUGUUUGCAGAGAGACAAUGUGCAAAGAGGACGACCUCUGCGACAACGCUCCCCUGAUGUUAUUUAUCUAUGUAUGUGUUCUGUAUGGUUAUGCUUCUGGUACACAUUUGUUUCUCAUGUUGAUUUUACAAAACAUAGUUUUAUGUCACAAAGCCACUGUCUUUUGUAAAUAAAUCAAAUGUGAGAUAUAUUAAAAAGAUUUAAAAUAUG